CUGCUGCUGCGGCUGCUGGAGUCAACAUCAUUAAGCUUUCAUGGUAACCUGGUAAUCAGACCGAGGAGCUUUUCCAGAUUCCCUGGAGCUCAACGAUGUCUUUUCUCAGAAACUUUCUGAACGACUCGGUCAUCGUUCAUCCUCCCGGCUUCUACAUCAUUGGAUUUCAGAAGCUUCCCUUCAUCAGGGUGUACUUCAUCUUCCUGGCUUUUGUCUAUGUCGUCACAGUGCUGUUUAACAUGUUGGUGAUCUGCAUUAUUGUCUUUAAUCACUGUUUGCACACUCCAAAGUUCUUGGCCGUGGUCAACCUCGCCGUCAUCGACGUGGUCCUGAACACGUGCACCAUCCCCAGCAUGAUCAAGGUGUUCCUCGUCAAAGACAAUUUCAUCCCGUUCAACCUGUGUUUGGUACAAAUGUUUUUCUACUACGCUUUUGCUACGUUGGAGUCGUAUGCACUCGCCGUACUUGCGUACGACCGUUUGAUUGCGAUAUGUUUCCCUCUGCGUCAGAACUCGAUCAACACACUGCGGAACAUGUUUUGUAUCGUCGCCCUGUCUUGGUGUUUUUCCACAGGGAUUAUUGCAUUUUCUGCAGGUAUAAUGACUCGCUUGUCUUUUUGUAAUUCAGUCAGAGUGUUCAGCUACUUCUGCGAUUAUGCACCCGUGUUUAGACUCGCCUGUAAUGACUACACGAUGCAGUGGUACGUGGCCUCUUUGCUUACGUUCUUGCUCCUUGUGGGGCCGUUCACCUUCAUUUUGCUGUCUUACGUCAGCAUCCUGGCGACUGUGUUCAGGAUGAAGUCGCUGGACAGUCGCGUGAAGGCUUUGGCCACGUGUGUCGAGCAUCUGAUUCUUGUGGCUGUGUUUUACAUUCCUAUCAUUACCAUUUUUACCAUUGGGUUUUAUCUGCAACUUAUUAACCCAGACCAGCGUGUGCUGAGCCUGUCUCUGGCCUCUUGCCUUCCACCCUGCAUCAACCCCAUUGUGUAUUCUUUGAAAACCAAAGAGAUCAAAAACAGAGCCCUGGCACUAGUUAAGAAAAUAUUUGGCACAAACCAACGCAAGAGCAAGCCUUGAAGUAUUGUUCAAGUACAUAUAUAUAUAUGUAUAUGUAUACAUAUAUAUAUAUAUAUAUAAACCCAGAAAAACCCUCUCUAAGCGUCGAUCCGUUGUCUACCACUUUAUCCUCCACAUAAGGGUCGCAGGUGAUUGAAGCCGACCCUGAUUUAGGGCAAGAGUGGCCCGAGUUCUGUGCCUCUGUUUUAGUCAUUUCCGCUUAGGUUGAAUUAAAUGAUGCACAGCUCAAAAAUAUAAACAACAAAAUCACCAAAAAUGUACAGUUUUUCCUUCUUGAAGGUUUUGUAAACUGUGUGUGUGCUGUGUGCUUUAUUUCUGUCUCGAUUUGGAGUGUUUACAGUGUUUUGAAAAUGUGUUUUUAAAUGUGAAUAUACCUGAACUUGAAAAAUGUGUGAACAACUGAGUUUGCUGCAUGGCCUAAUGUAAGGUUCUGUUGUCGGAGCCAUUAAAUAACUUGCAUUUACAAGAAGGGUAAAUCUGUCAUUUGAAGACCUAUCGGUUUCAUCUUGAGCCAUAAAAAGUUUAAACGUAAACUUGAUUCUUUCUCUGAAUUGUGAAAUGCUUUUGUAACCUCAACACGAGCAGAGACGAACAUUAAUUUAAUAGUUAAUACUACAAAUCAUCAUUUAUUCCCAUAUGAAUGACGAAUUUCCUUGUGUUUUGCGUUAACUCUAAUAAUUAUGAAAUGUUGAAUGAUAUUGACACAUGAAAGUGAUAUGGAAGUCAUAUGGCUAUGGUCUAUAGUGCAGUACAUUUAUAUGAUGUUUUCUGACAACAGUGCAACAAAAUAUAAUAACAAUGUACAAUCAGAUUGGCUAAAUUAUAUUUGAUUUCACUGCACUCUCAUAAUCCUAUUUGAUGCAGACACAUGACACAGCGCAUGACAAUAAUGGACACAGGCAAGAACAUAAUAAUAUGAUGAGUGUCUGCCCUCUUGUGGAGUUUUGUACAAAGUACAAAUGGCACCACGAGCUACAGCUGUGUAAUACCACAUGUUUGACAUUGCAGUAGCCACUAAUUAAUCAAUUGAAAUCAUUUCCUUUCCUUUCCUUAUUUUUGCCAAUACAUAAUAUGUAGCCUAAUUAUGGUGCAGUUGCCUGUAUCAUUAAUUAAAUAAGUAUAACAUUAUUGCAAGGGGGAAAAACAGUACAAACGUGAACACAAUUGUUUUUAUUGGGUUGAGAUAAUCAACUAUGAAUUAUACUAACUGAUAUUCUUGAACAAGCUAUUUUAUCGUGGCUUUCAGUUUAGCCCAUCAUCAUCAUCAUCAUCAUCAUAUGUCACCAGUGAAAACAUGAAGAGACUGUCAGUAAUGCAACGAUCAACCAUCAUCACCACUGAAAGGCUGGCAGAGAAUGCUCUUUGGCCUAAACUGAAGUCUGGCAGCAUCAUAUGAAUUAUUUAGAACUAUGUAACAUGAUGAAACUGGGCUGAUGUCUUGAGUUUUUGGUUGAUUCUUCUAUGUUUCAUCAUCAAAUUGUAUAAUUUAUAAAUUGCAGUUGUUUUUGCACAUUUUAUUUUUGUUUUGUUUUCUGAUGGAGAUAAGAUCUCUCAAAAUGUAAUAUGAAUAAAGUAGUGUAGGAAUAAUUAUGUGUCUACUGUUUAUCACUGUGCUUUCAGGUCACUCUUCUUUAUUUACGCUGAUUUAUAAGGCUCUUCCUGGCUUGGUUUCGUCUCAUUUAUGUUCUUUGCUGCAAAGAACCGAAAGAGCACUACAUUCUUGCGGAAUUUAUCACUUGAUUGUUCCCAGAGUUCUGACUGAAUAAAUUAGCAUUCUAUGAGCAUUCUCGCUGCCCCCUCUGCUUGAAAUACUCUACAAACUGAACUAAAAAAAAUGAUCUGAAGUCAUCACACUUGAAGCUUUUCGCUCCAUCUUAAAUGUUAGACAACGAGAAUCCAUUAAACAGUGUCUUUACAGUGCCCUUGUAAAAGAGAGUUUCUGAAACAUAUAGUGUGACUUAUAUAAUAGUAUAAAUAUUUUGUUUGCUUUCCAAUUAUGAUUUGACCAAGACAGAAAAGCCACCAAUACCAGUUUAAAUCUUGUGUCUGAUCUAAGUUUGUUCUUCCUAUAUUGUACGAUGAUUCUGGUGAUAGUGAGUGAUUAUCUUUCUCGUAUGAAAACAGCUCUAACAUGGAAAGAAGGAAAAAUAAAUUCCGUUAUGCCCCAGUUAAGAAAAGAAGCAAAGCAAGUGUCACAGAAGUCAAAAAUCUCUGUCUCAUAUCGGAUUAAACUGUUUAGAGGAUUUAUCCAUUAUCAUGUAUGCACAUUGUCCUUUGUAUAGGAACUAAAUUCCAAGUCAUUGAGGGAAACAGUGUCAACCUACUCUGAUCUCAAAAAUCCAAUGCAACAAAACGA